UCCCCCGCGCGGGAUCAAUCUCUCGGCACGUGCGCAUCAUGGCGUCAAAGCUACGCGCACGCUCGCGCCCCCUCCGCCCCCUCCUUUCUUCCUCCUGUUCAAUUCCGCGAUCCUCCUUAAAAUUCCGCUCUUCUUCUCAAAUAAAAAACGAAAACCAAAAAACCCCGGGGGUCUAGGGUUUUGAUGAUCUUUGAUUAUCAUCUGACGGCUGUUUGAUUCUCAUGGAGGCGAUUAGGAAGCAGGCCAGCAAGCUGAGGGAGCAAAUGGCCAGACAGCCACAGGCGGUUUUUAAGCAAUUUAGUGGACGUUAUGGUCAUGACUCUGCUCUUUCUGAUGAGGCGGAGCUUCAGUGCCACCAAAAUCUUCAAAUGCUUUAUAGUUCUACUAGAGCGGCAAAGCACCUCCAAAAAGAGAUUGUGCGCGGUGUUGAAGGUUUUAUAUCAAUUAGUUCAAAGCAAAUGGAAGUAGUUACAAAGCUAGCUGAAGGCUGUUGCAAAUAUGGAAAUGGAUAUCAAAGGUCUGAUUUUGCUCUCGCGGGGGCUUCCCUUGAGUUUGGCGAUUCUCAUCUUUUGAUGCAAAAAGAGAUGGAAAAUCUCCUAAGAGUACUGGGGGAUCAGGUUUUUGAUCCAUUACGAACAAUGAUAACGGGGGCUCCUUUAGAAGAUGCUCGCCACUUGACUCACCGUUAUGAGCGGAUUAGGCGGGAUAUGGAGGCUCAGGCUGCAGAAGUUUGUAGACGCCAGUUGAAGUCCAAGGAAAUUGGUGCUAGUCCAGAGGAUGCUGUAAAACUUAGGAAUGCAGAACUAAAAUUAUCUGAACUUAAAAAUUCUUUAUCAGCAUUGGGGAUAGAGGCGACUGCUGCUAUGACGUCAGUUGAGGCUCAACAACAGGAAGUUACUUUCCAACGACUUCUUACAAUGGUUGAUGCUGAGAGAUCAUAUCAUCAAAAUGCUGCUGAGAUAUUAGACAAACUUUAUACUGAGAUGAUUCUAGUGAAGCCGCAUAUAGAGCCUUCACUAAAUCCAGCAAGAAUCACUGAGAAGCAUUCUCAAAGUGCAAAUGAGGAAUUCUACAAAUCUGGAGAUCUCUCAACAAAUGGUCAGCAUACUGUGUAUUUCAUUGCAGAAGUAGUGCACCCUUUUGAUGCUCAAGCGGAUGAAGAGUUAAGUCUCGCGGUCGGUGAUUAUGUUGUUGUUCGUCAGGUAACACCCCAUGGAUGGUCAGAAGGUGAGUGCAAAGGGAAGGCAGGGUGGUUUCCUUCUGCCUACAUUGAGCGAAGGGACACAGCUCCAGCAAGUAAGGUGAUAGAUAGUACUCGCUUAUUGACAUGAUCCUCGAUAUCUUGAUACCACAAAAGAUCAACUUUUUGUAAUUUCCCCCCUAGAUUCGCAGCGGUUGUUGUACAGUUAGCCUUCAAUUUUUUUUCUUUCCAAGUUUUUCCUUUAUCCAUUUUAUAUUCCUAUUCAGGCGUACAUGGUGUAUGUGUGUAAAAAGCCUGUAUGCGUUCUCAGUUUUUUUAGCAUGAGUUUUUGUCUUUCCCCUUUCUUAAUUAUUUCCCCUUUAUGGUUGAUAUCAAAGAGUCAGGUGUUCGAAUGUAAACUAAAAUUGUCCUUUAAACUUGGGUUAGUAUUGUGAUCCGUAAAAGUUAGAUGUCACCUGGAUUUGUAUAAUGCAGGCUUUGAAUUAUUCGAUUGUA